AUGGCCUCAAUUGAUAAAGAACAGAAGGCGAAGCCCAGUAGUCUGCGGUCUAUAAUAGCGGGCUCUACUGCGGGAGCUGUUGAAAUCGCAAUCACUUACCCAGCUGAGUUUGCAAAGACACGCUCGCAGCUCAACCGCAGGCUAACAGCCUCAAAGAAGCUGCCGUGGCCGCCGUUUGGUCCGCAAUGGUACGCUGGAUGUACUACAUUGAUCAUUGGAAAUUCCCUCAAGGCAGGAAUCAGGUUCGUUGCUUUCGACACCUUCAAAUCGCUGCUCCAGGAUGAGAACGGCAAGAUAUCCGGGCCUAAGACAGUCAUCGCUGGCUUUGGUGCUGGAUUCACAGAGUCGUUAUUAGCCGUCACGCCCUUUGAGAGCAUUAAAACACAAUUAAUUGAUGACCGAAAAUCUUCGAAUCCCCGCAUGCGAGGAUUCCUGCACGGUAGCAAUGUCAUAUUCCAGGAGAGAGGCGUUCGUGGGUUUUUCCAAGGCUUUGUUCCCACGACAGCACGCCAGGCUGCGAACUCAGCAACAAGGUUUUCGACGUACACUAUGCUCAAACAAUUUGCCCAGGGCUACGUUGCUCCGGGGGAAAAAUUGGGGACCGCGAGCACCUUCGCAAUUGGAGGCGUGGCAGGUCUUAUAACUGUUUAUGUUACUCAGCCUCUUGACACCGUCAAAACCAGGAUGCAAUCGCUGGAGGCCAGUAAAAAUUACAAAAAUAGCUUUGUUUGCGCGGCAAAAAUCUUUAGGGAUGAGGGACUUUUUACGCUAUGGUCAGGGGCUGUCCCACGACUUGCGAGACUGAUAUUGAGUGGAGGAAUUGUAUUCACCAUGUACGAAAAGACCAUGGAGGGUCUGGAUGCGAUUGAUCCUCAGAGAAAAUACAUAUGA